AUGCAGAAUUUGCUUCAGGAUCCACAGAACGAAGAAUUAAAACGAGCGCUCAGGUACCGUGUUAACUCGUUCUCGCUAGUCUGUCGCCUUCUCCCGGAGUUACUCGCCGAAAUCUUUGCCCACCUCAGAGACUCGUCAAAUGGACGGAAGCGCGACAUCAUGACCGUUACUCACAUUUGUCGCCACUGGCGCGAAGUGGCCUUAGCAUUUCCACAUCUCUGGGCAACCAUUAUCUACGACGAAGAUCACCCUUCGACAGAACUGUUUUGGUUGAUGUAUGAGCGAGCCAAGGAGGCAACGCUGGCGGUUGCUUAUCAUCUCGACCUUGAUGACAAAAAGCUGGGAUUAUUCCAGCACGUGCUCGGGCAGGUGUAUCGCAUCCAGGAACUGUCUCUGGCUCUGCCACCUAUACGCAAAAUUCUUGUCGGCGGCCAGCUCCACUCCGUCCUUAACCUCCUUGUCUCAGAAUCACCGUCAAUUAGGCAUAUAUGCCUUUUCUCACAUCAAGGUGUUCUCGAUGCAGACCCAUUCCCAAUCCCAAGCAAGCUGUUCGAUUGCCCGCCUGGACUACGUAGCUUGAGUCUGAGCGGUUGUUCGACUGCCUGGGAUUCGCCGAUCUUCCGGGGGCUAACAAACCUACAUCUUGACAGCAUGUCGAUCUUUGCUCCUACAGCAGAAGAACUUUGGGACAUUCUGCGAGGCACGCCUGCCCUCGAGAGCCUUUCUCUCUCCCAUGUAUCGGAGAACAUGGAAAAUGUGGCACCGCCGCCCUCCUGGGACAUCAGCGCCGCUACCGUCAUUCAUCUCCCUAAUAUCCAUCAUAUUACCAUCCAUGAGUUCAGCUUCGCCGCUUACGCCCAGGUCUUCUCUCGGCUCUCUAUCCCUAACCAUGCUCACAUCAACGUCUUUGUCACGGUUUCAGACUUCGGGCUUCAACAGAUCGCCGCGUUGCCCCUUCUUGCCCCCGCAUUUUUCUCUUACCAGCGCUCGCUAACAGGUGGAGGGUCUGAGUCCAUCAUCACUAACCUGGAGAUCAGCCUUGACAGCCCUUUAUGUGAAAUGGAAGCGGCGCAUUAG